GAUGUGCGGGCACAGCCCGGUGUUGCCCUCCCCAAAAAGGUGCGAAAGCCCUGGAUGUGCCCAGCCCGCAGAGAAGGGGCUCAGCCAGCCUCGGGGGCCGGAGCUGAGCGCAGGAUGCUCCUCUCCGAUCCAACACGGGGGGCUGGAAUUGCUCCAGGGUGGGCAGCAGGACGCGGAUGUCAAGGUCGAAGUGGAGCCCUGGGGGUCAGCGCUGCUCUGGGCUGGGAGCAGCUCCGUGUGUCCCUGUGCUGGCUCCAGGCGGCUCCCAGAAUUCCCGGAUCCGGGCACAGCUUGUUCCCGGUGCCCGGAGCUCUGCGCUGAAGAGCAGGGAAAGAACAACCCGGCUCUGGUGUUGCAGGUUGUGUUGGGGUGAACUAGAGAGCUUUUGGAGUUUUUGAGGGAGGAGACGUGCGGGUUCCACCAGGCAGCCUGUUCUGGGUGUGCUGGGAGCAGUCUGGGAGUGCUGGGGUGGGAAAUCCCCCUCCUGGGCACGCUGGCACCAGGGCUUGGUGGCUGGGGUGGAUCUGCACUGCUGGUGUGGGGUUUAUCCAAGUCAGAGACCCCACACCUUGGAAGUUCCUCCCCAAGGCUCCUCUUCUGGAGCUGCUCCACUUCUUACAGCAAGAGAAGCUGUUCCUGAGCUCCUUCCAACCCGGGGCUCUCCCCGAGCCAAAGGGAUCCGUGGCUGUUCCAGCUCUCCCCCAGCCUGGAAGCAGACACAGCCUGUAGUCAGAGCUCCUCAACUGCCCUGUCUUUGAGCCUCUCAUGUCCCUGAGACCAGCUGAUGUUUGGAUUUGGAUGAGCUGGAUUACAGAAGAGAGGGUUGGAAGAGAAGCAUUUUGAUACAAACCCCUGCUGAUGGUGAUGGACCAGGGCUGGAGCUGGAUUUUGGAAGGUCAUCCCAGCCCGGGGAGGGCACAGAGAUGUCGGCUCCACACCUUCCUCUGCCUGAAGCUGCUGAAAUCUGGGAGCAAAACCAGCAGCAGGUGAUUUCCAGGACUGUCUGUGUGGCAGGACCAGCUCAACCCGAGUGAGUAAUCCCUGAGCAAAACAGAGCCUGAAGUGUGCUCGGGGAAAGAAAGGAUUCAGCAAAUAUUUGGCAAAAGCAGAAUUGUUUUAUGGGCUGUUUGUUUGCAAACUAAAAAUAGGAGCAAGUUACCAGGUCGUGUCUCCUCAGGGUGCUCUAGGAAACGCUGGGCUGGGGUGAGCAGGGGCAUAACCAGGUGUUGUCAGCUUGAAAAUGUGGUUUUUAAAGAUUUUUCUACUACUAGAAGUGGUAAGAAGUCAUUCAACUUGGACUUCAGCUGAUCAGUGUUUAGCACCAACGCAGUUAAUCCCAAGAGAGAAGCAAUUUAGGGCGAGACAGUUGGUUUGUUGUGUGUUCUGUAGGGAAAAAUCAAUCCCUCCAGGUUUUUUUGGAGCGAGAAACACGCCCUGAGAAACAUCAAAUGGCAGAUUUUAACGAGGAGAAAGUUCUCAUCUGAACUGAUUCAUUCUGCUUUUCAACCCCAGGUGGUGGAACAGGGUUGGGAGAGGGGAAACCAAGAAUGUUAUAUAUGGAACAAUGAGAUUUGUGUGCUUUUAGGCAGCUCCUGGUUUAGUCCCAGGACAUGGUGACAACUGCCAGGAGGUGAAGGAGGUCUCACCACGAUGCUGCAUCUCCCUCCUGCUCACACAGAGCCUUCCCUGGGGGUGUUAUUUCAGAGCUGCUCUUCCAGGUCACACCAACUUUCACACCAUCUCCCUCCCCUUCCAGCAGCAAAACCCUCAGCUCUGCCUGCUGGAUCCAUGAAAACACCAGGAAUGUGGCCCCUGGGCUGUAUUAUGGGAAGCAACAGGUGAUGAACACCCAAAAGGGCAAAUUUACUGAAGGACCAAGAGAAUUUUCUUUGCUUUAUUACAGCAAAUUAUUACAGCAAAUUACUCCACUGACAAAUCCAUGGGGUGGGAAGAUCUUGACUCCUAAAAUGAGGUUUCUUUCUGGGUUGGGAAAACCCUACAAAGUUGUGUUGCCAGCACAUAAUUCUUGGAGAAAUAUCCAGCUGCUUUUCUUCCCAUUACACCUUAGAAUGCCUGUUUUCAAAGCCUGUCCCUCUGGGUUCCCAUUUUGGCUGUUAUUCCUGGUCCUCCUGCACCUGGAAGCAGCAAUUUGCCAUCCUGUUGUUGUAAUUCCAUUCACAGCAAUUACGGCCGGUGCUGCAUAAGAGAGUUAUGAUUCCAGCAGUAAAUAGGCAGCGAGAUCAAAUCUUGACUCAUAAAAUUAGGUUUCUUUCUGUAAUUCCUGCUUGAUCCCAGCUCCACUCUCAUGCAAUGCACUCCAGAGGGUUGUUUUUGCUUUGCUAUUGCAACCACAGCCAGGCAGGAUUUCAGCCUUCAUCUGGCUGGGCAUUUUUAAGGUUUGUUCUUCCUUAGGCUGUGAUGGUUUUCAGUCACUGAUGGGCUCUGUGAUGUUGGAUCCUCACUCUGUUGCCCGGCAAAAUUACAUGUAUUCAGGAUACCUGCUAGAGAAGUUUUCACUAAUUUCUGAGCAGGAUGGGCUGUCUAUAAUCCCUCUUUUCUUUCUCCCCUCAUUAUGGCAGGGACAUGGACAGUCAGAUAUGUUCAGCUGUAGUGGAUGCUGAUUUUUUUUGGCCCUGCCAAAGGAGAAUUUGGAAUGAUAUCAUUGGUUACUCUGGGUCUGUGUUCUUAUCUCCUUUCUGUUUUGUGUGCUUUAAGCAGAAAGCCCAUAAUUUAUGGACUGUACCAGUGGGGUGGCUCAGAGAUCAAACACCAAAGGGAAAAAAAUCUGGCUGAGAACAAGUGCCCUGGAGGGGAUGUGUUUUAUUAAUCCACUAAUUAAGAACACCCAAACAAGGCUAUCAGGAACAAGAUGCCCAUGAAGUUUAACCUCCUUUAGCCUUAAAAAGUAAAAAGUUAUGGAUCCUUUGUACUUUCCCAACGCGUUCGGCGCCGAGGGCGGUUCCGGCGGCGGGAAUUCCUCCCUGCUGACGAACACGACGGAGAACGGGACCCUCCCGGAGCAGCCCCCCUUCAAGUACGUCCACAAAGUGCUCAUCCCCAUCUGCUACCUCCUGGUGUGCGCCGUGGGGCUCAGCGGGAACACGCUGGUCAUCUACGUGGUGCUGCGUCACGCCAAGAUGAAAACCGUCACCAACAUCUACAUCCUCAACCUGGCCGUGGCCGACGUGCUCUUCAUGCUGGGCCUGCCCUUCCUGGCCACCCAGAAUGCCAUCUCCUACUGGCCCUUUGGCUCCUUCCUCUGCAGGUUGGUCAUGACCGUGGACGGCAUCAACCAGUUCACGAGCAUCUUCUGCCUGACGGUGAUGAGCAUGGACCGGUACCUGGCCGUGGUUCAUCCCAUCAAAUCCACCAAGUGGAGGCGGCCCAGGGUGGCCAAGCUCAUCAGCGUGACCGUGUGGACAUUCUCCUUCUUGGUGGUGCUUCCAGUCAUCAUCUUCUCGGACGUGCAGGAGGACUUUCAGACCUGCAACAUGAACUGGCCGGAGCCCGUCAGCAUCUGGUCGGCGGCUUUCAUCGUCUACACCUCGGUCCUGGGCUUCUUUGGGCCUCUGCUGGUGAUCUGCCUCUGCUAUUUGCUGAUUGUCAUCAAGGUCAAGUCGUCAGGGGUCCGGGUGGGGUCUACGAGGCGCAGGAGGUCGGAGAGGAAGGUGACCAGGAUGGUGGUGAUCAUCGUGGUGGUCUUCGUGCUCUGCUGGCUCCCCUUUUACACCAUGAACAUCGUCAACUUGAUAUUCAUCCUGCCAGCAGACCCCGUGCUGGAGGGCUUGUACUUCUUUAUGGUGGUGCUGUCCUAUGCAAACAGCUGUGCCAACCCCAUCCUUUACGGGUUCCUCUCUGACAACUUCAAGCAGAGCUUUCAGAAAGUCCUUUGCCUGCGGAAGGGCAACGGCGUGGAGGACGGGGAGCCCGUGGAACACAGGCAGGAGAACAGCAGCCGCCUGCAGGAGUCCAUGCUGACCCAGAGGAACGUGGAGUUCAACGGCCACAUGCAGACCAGCAAGGUCUGAGGGCGUGGGUUGGGGCUGCAAAGGGCUGGUGGAGCUGGAGAACUUGGGGGGCCUCGAGGAGAGAUGAAUCCGUGGCAAAGGUGAAAGGUGGAGACCCACAGGCUCCAGUAAAUGUACAUAGAAGUGGCUUCACUCCCCUCCCUUCCCCAGCUCGGAGUGGUAGGGGCCGUGCUGGGCUGUGGCCAAGCUCUCGUGGUGACCUGGGUCAUGUGGGACCACUUUGGGUCCUCUGGAGAUCUCCAGGCUUUGUACUGCCCUAGUGAUGCAAAACCACACGAAAUCAGUUUUAACCACCUUGUUAAGCUGGGCUUAUGGCUGCUCUGCACUGUUGGGAGCAGCUCAAAGCAGAAAACAGCUCAGACAGUGUCUCUGAGAUCCAUCAAGGGGAUCUCUUACAAGAAAAAUGCUGUUUCUUAAGAGUUUCAUACCCAAAAGGCCCCAGCACUGACCUCAGAGCUGUGCAUGAGCCAUGGCUGGAACCUGCUGGGUGCUCCUUCUGCAUUGGUUUGCUGUCAUGAACCCACCUGAGGGAUUCAUGGUGCCCAGGAAUCCUUCAAACACACCAAGAAUGAGGAAAAAAACCCCAUGAUUAGGAAGACCUAAAUCCUAAACAGGUCUAAAUCCUAAAGGAUUCAGUGUAUUCAUGAUGUUCUCACAUUCUAACCCAAAGUGCAUAGAAAACGUGAUGUGACCACUCUGUUGUUCUGUCAGUGCUGAUCAUUGUGAAGUCCUGGGGAGCUGUCGUGUGUAUUUAUUGGUUCUGAAUGUCAGUCUGGACGUGAAUAUAAACUGUAUUUUCAGAAAUUAAAACAAGUUCAACCCCC